AUGGAUGUCUCUGUGCUUUUCAUCUCUUUUCUUCUAGCCCUCUUUUUGCUAGCUGACUGCACUGAGCUACCAUUUCAAGAGAGGAUGCUUCUCAAAGCCUUGGGAUUAAAUGGAAGACCGAGACCAGUCUCCCCCGGCCCUGUUCCAAAGGCACUUUGGAAAAUUUUUGAGAAAGGAAUUAAUGCAGAAAAUCCCUGUAGGAUGGAAGGCUUUCAAGUUCCAGGAAACAUUGUUAGAUCUUACAGAGAUCAAGGACCUUUAAUCUCCAGUGAAGUACCACAUGAAUCUUUGUGCUUCAAAAAACAUCUCUUUUUUGACCUUUCCGUAAUUGAGAAAAAGGAGCAGGUGACUCUUGGCCAACUUGAGAUCAAGUUCAAGCAUAACACAUACCACGGACGUGAGUUCCAGUUUCGGUUGUAUCGUCCACUUCGUUUAUCUUUAAAGGGAAUGCGAGACCACCAAACGAAUAGAAGACUUCUUUUUGCACAGUCAUUUCGUCUACUUCAUAGGUCUUUGCAUUUCAAUCUGACAAAGGUGGCACAGGACUGGACCACCCCAGAGAACAAUAUGGGUCUAGUUAUGGAAAUAUAUGCAGAUGGUGAACCAGCUAACAAAUUCUCCACACUGUGUGAGCAAAUCCAUUCCUUCACCCACACCUCUCUUCUCACAGUUACCCUUGACCCUACUAGCUGCAAAGCCGCGAGACCCAAAAGAAGUGCAGAGUCUUCAAUGCCUACUCCCAGUAAUAUAUGCAAAAAGAGGCGUCUCUACAUUGACUUCAAGGAUGUUGGCUGGCAAAACUGGGUUAUUGCUCCACGAGGCUACAUGGCCAACUACUGUCAUGGAGAGUGCCCUUACCCACUAACAGAGAUGCUUAAGGGUACCAACCAUGCUGUGCUACAGACCUUGGUACAUUCUAUUGAGCCGGAAAUCACACCACUCCCUUGUUGUGCUCCAACUAAGCUAUCACCCAUCUCUAUGCUAUAUUAUGAUAACAAUGACAAUGUUGUGCUAAGACAUUAUGAGGACAUGGUUGUAGAUGAGUGUGGGUGCAAAUGA